UCUUGCCUACAUCAUAAGGUCACAUUCUUUAAUCUUGGAGUUUCCGCGAUUUUUUGCAAAACAAUUGUCAAAAUAAACAACAAUAGCCAGGUUUUCCUUCUAAAGUUAGUGAAUCCUUAUACAUAAAGCAACAUGUCGGCCGAUGUGCGUGAUAUCCUGGACAUGGAGCGUGCCAACACGCCGGAAGUGACGCGAGAUUCCUUUCUGGCCACCAAGAAGCGCAACUUCGAGCGAACCAAGAACGCCUCCCGGCGUCCCGAGGGCAUGCACCGCGAGGUGUUCGCCCUGCUCUACACAGACAAAAAGGAUGCACCGCCUUUGCUGCCCACGGACACGGCUCUGGGCAUCGGCGCCGGCUACAAGCAGGCAAAGGCACGUCUGGGCAUGAAGAAGGUGCGCAAGUGGGAGUGGGCACCGUUCUGCAACCCGGCACGCAACGAUGCCGCCGUCUUCCAUCACUGGAAGCGAGUCAGCGACAACUCGACGGACUAUCCCUUUGCCAGGUUCAACAAACAGGUGGAGAUCCCCUCCUACACCAUGACAGAGUACAAUGCCCACUUGAGGAACAACAUCAACAACUGGAGCAAGGUGCAGACUGAUCACCUGUUUGACUUGGCAAGACGAUUUGACCUCCGUUUUAUUGUGAUGGCCGAUCGCUGGAACCACCAGCAGCAUGGCGCCAAGACCGUAGAGGAGCUCAAGGAACGCUACUACGAGGUGGUGGCUCUGCUGUCCAAGGCCAAGAAUCAGACCAGCGAGAAAAAGAUAUUCACAUAUGACGCCGAGCACGAGCGCCGCCGCAAGGAGCAGCUCGAGAAGCUGUUCAAGCGCAAUCGCCAGCAAGUGGAGGAGGAGCAAAUGCUCAUUAACGAGAUGAAGAAAAUCGAAGCCCGCAAAAAGGAACGGGAACGCAAGACGCAGGACCUGCAGAAGCUCAUCUCGCAAGCUGACCAGCAGAAUGAGCACGCCUCCAACACGCCCAGUACGCGAAAGUACGAGAAGAAGCUGCACAAGAAGAAGGUUCACCCUCAACCGCGGCCCUCCAAGGUAGACUCUGUGGUUAACGCCAUCGAGAUUGGCAGCAGCGGCAUCAAGUUCGCCGACCUGCGUGGCUCAGGGGUCUCGCUGCGCUCGCAAAAGAUGAAGCUGCCGGCCAACAUUGGCCAGCGAAAGGUAAAGGCACUCGAGCAGGCCAUCCAGGAGUUCAAAGUUGAUCCCGCACCGCCGCCCACGGAGGAAAUAUGCACCUCCUUCAACGAGCUGCGUUCCGACAUGGUAUUGCUCUGCGAACUCCGCACAGCGUUGUCCACCUGCGUCUACGAGAUGGAGAGCCUUAAGCAUCAGUAUGAAGCUGCCUGUCCGGGCAAGACACUCAACAUCCCACCCUCGCUGGUGCCCAUCAAGACCGAGGCCCUGGACAAUACCUCAAAUUAAUUAAGUUAACGCGGCUCGCUUACCCACACAGGGAGAGAGAUUCUCCAGACGCCAAAGUGUGUGCGGCGUGCUAAUCAUUGUAACCCGUUUUCCACUAUUCCAUAUUUGUGCAUUUGCGCUACUCCCAGUCCGCUUGAGGAAAUAAAUGGAUAAACAAGAAAA